AUUAUAAUACGCGAUUCUGAGGCGUUAAACAGUGGCAAACAGCAAGCAAAUGCAAUAAAGCUCGGACAAAGUCAGCUGAGGAUUGAAUUGAAGUGGUUUAACAUCAUUAGAUGAAAUUUGUGUGCUUGUGGUUAGCGAUUAGUAAUCGGAAAUAAGAAAUAUCCUGCAGUGUAAUAAAUAUAAACAUUUUAACGCACAUAAACAACCAUUUGUCAGCAAUUGACACUAAUUUUACCUUUGCAUCAUAAAUGUUACAAGAGAAAUUCCUAUACUAGCACAAAUACUCACAUACUAAAGCGAUGAGUAAAGCGGGCUUUCUAGGUAACUUUCUUUCCAAAGGCCUGAAAACCAAUCAAUUGGAGGUGAACACUGAUGAAAAAACGUUACGACCAAUUGCUCGUUUAAAAGAACCGCGUGAUCUUUUCGCCCUGCCGAAAGACAAGGAUCAUGACUGCUCACAGCAGGCCCCCAGAUGGCCGAUCGAGUGUCAGGUCAUCGAGGAACGCAUCGCCCACAUACCCUAUGUACCAACGCAACCGGAAUCCUACAAUCAACCGACGGGACACGAAUUAAAGCCACGCCCGGUGGGUGAAGAGAAUGGCGUGGUGGUAUUCAAUUACAAUCCCGUUAGCGCUGUCAAUUACGCAUCGAAGAAGAAGUCCAGAGCACAAAAUUCGUCGAGCGAUUCGGAUAUAUCGUCCUCGGAGUCGCGUGGCUCUUCGCCCGAUCGCAGCACACCCGAUCGUCGUAAGUUGAAACUGAAGAACUCCUUCACCAAAUUGCUAGCCACCCUUGAGCGACGAUCAUCGAGCAAUUCCAACGACGAGUACGAUGAUGAUGACGGCAAUGACAAUGACGAUAUGGAGAAUGAUGAUGAUGAUGAGAUUGAAGUUAAAGCAACCCAAGAAGUAUUGAACAAAGUAGUCGAAGUGAGCGAAGUAAUCGAAGUGAAGAUCGAAGAUGACAUCGAUGAUAUUUGGGCAAAUAAAUCACCCGAAUACCAACCAGCUACGCCCACAUACAUUAAAAGUCAAUUUGGCAAAGAUUUAGCUAUCAUUAAAGAGAAGCAAAAUGCGUCAAAGAGGGCUUUCGAAGACGUGCCUCUACCUGAUCUCCCUACACGACCCGUCGCACCGGUAAAAUUAACUGAAAACAAAUCUAAUGCCACUAGCACCUUUUCAGGAGACAUAGGUCCCAAUACAAUUAAAUCUAGCAGUAGUAGUAGUAGUAGUAGUAGUACUAGCUUAAGCAGUGAGCUUGAAUGUGAACGCACUUUUGACGAUGCCAAAGACGAUGAUGAUGACGGUAGUAAGACAUUGCGUGAGACGGUAACUGCAACGAACAUGAACUUGCACCAUCUGGCGUUAGCAAAAUCAAAAGCACAAAAUUCAAAAUCAAUAAGAACGCAACCUGCUGAAAUAUUGGCAAAAAAUCAGUGUUUUAAAUCGGCCUCAAUUUCCUCAAGCUUAAACAAUUCCCAAACUCAGGAAGCAAUCGCGGCGAAUUAUGAUUUGACAAGCAGAUAUAACCCUUAUAAUGAUAAUCAAAAUGUAUAUAAUGAAAUUGGAAAUUCUGAUUCAUUGUAUGAACUUCAGUUUAGUCGAUCAGCAGUUGGUGGUUCCAAGGUGUUGAUGAAUUGUCAUCCCUGCAAUGCGGACGAAUAUGAUGGUCUGGAGUUUGAGUCGCGUUUCGAGUCGGGUAAUCUGGCGAAGGCGGUGAUGAUUACACAAACCUAUUAUGAGCUAUAUUUACGUUCGGAUUUGUAUACGAGCCGAUCGAAACAAUGGUUCUAUUUUCGUGUGCGUCGAACUAGGAAGAAUGUCAUUUACAGAUUUUCCAUCGUGAACUUGGUCAAGUCCGAUAGUCUGUACAACGAUGGCAUGCGUCCGCUCAUGUAUUCGACCAUCGACGCCAAACAGAUACGUGAAGGCUGGAAGCGUUGUGGCACAAAUAUCGCCUACUAUCGCAACGAUGAUGACACACCAUCUGAGGAGGAGGAGGAGAAUUGCUCCUAUACGUUAACAUUUAAUAUUGAAUUUCAACACGACAACGAUACGGUGUACUUCGCACACAGUUAUCCGUACACGUACAGUGACUUGCAGGAUUAUCUGAUGAAUAUACAAAAGGAUCCUGUAAAAUCGAAAUUUUGUAAAUUAAGACUUUUGUGUCGCUCGCUUGCGGGCAACAAUGUGUAUUAUUUAACGGUAACCGCGCCGGUUCCGGAUGAAGAAGCAAUGCGGAAAAAGAAGGCCAUUGUAGUAUCGGCGCGGGUACAUCCCAGCGAAACGCCUGCCUCAUGGAUGAUGAAAGGCCUUAUGGAUUUCAUCACCGGCGAAACGUUGGCAGCCAAAAGACUGCGACAUCGCUUCAUUUUCAAGCUUAUACCAAUGCUCAAUCCGGACGGUGUGAUUGUAGGCAAUACGCGCAACUCGUUGACGGGCAAGGAUCUAAAUCGACAAUAUCGCACCGUUAUACGGGAAACUUAUCCAUCCAUUUGGUAUACAAAAGCCAUGGUUAAAAGACUGAUUGAUGAAUACAAAGUUGUCUUGUACUGUGAUAUGCACGCCCACUCGCGCAAGCACAACAUUUUCGUUUAUGGCUGUGAGAAUAAACGCAAUCCCGAAAAGAAGCUCACGGAACAAGUAUUUCCGUUAAUGCUGCACAAGAAUGUCGCUGAUAAGUUUUCUUUUGAAAGCUGUAAAUUUAAGGUGCAACGCAGCAAAGAGGGUACUGGCCGCAUUGUGGUUUGGAUGUUGGGCAUCACAAACAGUUACACAAUUGAGGCAUCAUUUGGCGGCUCAUCGUUGGGGUCACGCAAGGGUACCCACUUUAAUACGGCGGACUACGAGCACAUGGGACGCGCCUUCUGUGAGACUUUACUAGAUUAUGGCGAUGAAACACCAAAUAAAGUAAAGAAAACGAAUAAACUUAUGAAACAAAUUAAAAAGAUUAGGAAGCGUGAGAAACGCGAGAAGAAAGCAUUGAAAUUGAAGAAAAUGGCCGAACAGGAACGCUUGCGUUUGAAAAUCAUUGAACGCCUUUUGAAAGAAGGUUCCAACGCCGACGAACCACUAAAUAUACCACUAUCCGAUUAUUCCAGUGACGAGGGUGGUGUCUCCAGUUCAGAGAACGAAUGCCGUGGUUCCAGUUUUUCUGAUUUGGAAGGACCCUGCUGCACUCUAUCUAGAGCGCCACCAUCUACUCCAGAAGCAGAGGCGCAAACUCGCCGGCACAAACUAAGCCGCAUGCGUCGAGUUAUGCAUGAGCUUGAUCGCAUCUACUUUCAACCGUUAUUUCAAAAGAAAUUCCGCUGUUUUAUGCGUUAUAAACCUGGCAAACCGAAACGGGCCCAUAAGAAGAGCUCGAAAAAGAAGAGUGUAAAUAGUAUUCAAGAUGGCGCUAAGUCGCAGACACGUCGACUGCACGGUGGCGCUAUAAAUGCCGAUGGUAUUAGCACACAAGAGAGUUUAUAUGAGGAGAUUUUCCAGGAUGCGCUGGAUGGCCUUUCACAUGAAAGUGUAUCAGAUUCUGUAAAUCCAUCUGAGGAUUGUGUAUUCUUAUCUGCCGAAGGUGGUACGGAUGAUUCGAGGCAAGAUUGUAGAAAAGUUUCGCGCAAGUUUCAUACCACCAAGAAAAGGUCCAAGGAAACGAAAGCUAUUAAAGAGCCACCACAACCGCAACGUUUAGUUGUUUCUAGAAAACUUCGCAUGUGGUUGGCGGAUAGAAAAAUAUUCAUCUACCGCUGUAAGAUAAAGCAUCGUAAACUUCGCGCACGUCGCUCACAUAGUCAUCGCAAACGAAGCGAAACACGCAUAGCACUGGAUCUUCCCACCACCGACCCCAGCGCAGAUUUGAUAUUCUCCACCGACGAAGAGCCAAACGCACCUGAUGAGGACGAUUGUUUGCCGCAAUAUUGCACUGUACCGCGCGCACGUGCACGCCGUCUAUUGCAAAGCGAGCUGCAGCGUCGCUAUAUUGAAGAAAUUGGCGAUAACGCAACUGGGCGUUCAAGAGCCAAGAUGCCGCCCGAAUUGAUUAUUACAUCACCAUCUAAGGGCACAAAAAUCACUGUCGUCCCGAAAAUGACUUCUUCGCAAAGGGUAACGGAUGCGUUCGGCACUCUCGAAUUUCCGGUGACCUUCAAGCCGGCUAGACGCACCAACUCAUGGCAUAACCUCAACAAUGGAGCGCCAAAACCGGUGUGUAUGGCGCGUCAAAAUUCUAGAAUGCCCAGCUCCUACACUCUCGGCGAAAGUAAAAUAGAAGAGUUAGAUUUGAAGCUGUCAUUGAAAAAAAGGUACUGGACGGGCGUAAAAUCUGAUAAAAGCAAAGAAGAACACCAACGGCCACUUUCAUGGAAUCAACAAAUAUUGCGCCAGCACACAACGGGACAACAAUCCAGACAUGGAGCGUUUGAACGACUGAAAAAACCAUCACGAGAAAAACUAGAGGACACCAGUCAUCGCAAAGCCGACAAUGAAGCCUUUCUUAACGCCUGUUCGCAGAAGCUAUUGCAUUGGCAACAAGAGCUAAAUAAUGUGGGCAGAACUUUUGUGGCCAAAGACGGCAAUGCGUCGCCAAUGCUAAGCAGAAAAAUUAGUAUUCAAAUGGGUAGUCUGGCAUUAGGUAUGCCGGAAAUUAUUGAGGAUGAGCGAACUAUGCGUAUAUUUAGAAAGGUUUCACAAGUGAAAAAGGAGCUAAAGGCCCCCACAAAAGAUGAGGCUGGAAUUGUCGAGCAUAAGUUGAAACGGCGAAGCAAUGCACUCACGAAGAUCGCCGAUACAACACAGCUUAUUGCGCGCCUAACUAAAGGUAGAUCGAAAAGCCGAGGCCACGGUCACGCCACCGCAAAGCGUACUAACAACGCCAAUUCGCAUCAGCAAGCCGGACUUUCUUCAAAUACAUCCAAAGCGCGUAUACCGGGCGUUAAUCGUUUCAAAACCGGAAGCAUUGUAGUAACGGCAGUGCAGCAGUCUUCGACAAAGAAAGUUAAGAAAGUGCAUCGUAGCAGCAAAUCACAUCUCUCACUUAGUUGCGUAGCUGACGGUACAUGCAAAAAGGAUCAAACCAAUGGUGCUGGUGGAAGCACAAAGCUUAGUAAGACCAAUCUAUCAAUUAAGUCUUCGCUGAGUUCGAACACGUUCGUUCGUAAAGUGAAGACAAAACUAACCAAAAAGAAGUCAAGCCAUUCACGCGAGGAGACUACUAAUAUAGCACCAAGUAGUCGUGCAUUGGUUAAUAACAAUAGCAUCAUCACCAACAACAGUAUUUAUGGAGUGCCUUUAUCACGAAAGAUGUAAUACUUCUUUAAUGAAAUGAUAAAGAAUUGAGAUUAAUAAAUAGUAACAAUGUUUAACGGUACUAUAGGUAAUUUUUAAAGGUAUUUUG